AUGCCAUCGUUCCUUGCACUUUUCUCCUCAUUCUUGUCUCGGUUGUGGGGAAAUGGAAAUGACACUCGACUCUCUGAAACUCUAAAGCAGAACACGUCAGCUGGGCUACCUGUCGAGCUAUUGCUGUCAAUAGCCAAUUUCCUUUCUCUGGUUGAUGUGAUCUGCAUCUCCCCCUGCAACCGUCGACUCUUUGCUACGUUUCACCACCGGAAUCAUUCCAUGCUGCCAUCGGGAAUAGACAAACUUCCCCCUUUGAAUAGCCUAGAGCGAGAUCUACCGAAUCAUUUCAUUUGCUACAGUUGCCACCUUCUUCACAAAUAA